AUGGGGGCCACAAGCAAUCACCCCCUCUCCGCCGGGAGGCACCUGCGCCCGGUGCGUCCUCCGCCCCAGCCCCUCCGACUUCGCGGGCUCCGGGAUGACUUCCCUCUGCGGGGCUUACUAGAAAGCAGCACCCGCCUGAAACCUCACGAAGCCCAGAACUACAGGAAGAAGGCCCUGUGGGUCUCCUGGUUCUCCAUCGUUGUGACACUGGCCCUGGCCGUGGCUGCCUUCACUGUCUCCGUUAUGAGGUACAGCGCCUCUGCUUUUGGGUUUGCAUUUGAUGCCGUCCUCGAUGUCCUGUCGUCGGCGAUCGUCCUGUGGCGCUACAGCAACGCGGCCGCCGUGCACUCUGCCCACAGGGAGUACCUAGCCUGUGUCAUCCUGGGGGUGAUAUUCCUUCUGUCAUCCUUGUGUAUAGUGAUCAAAGCCAUCCAUGACCUCUCCAUUAAGCUGCUCCCAGAAGUGGAUGACUUCCUGUUCAGCGUCUCCAUUUUGAGUGGGAUCCUCUGCAGCACGCUGGCCGUGCUGAAGUUCAUGCUGGGGAAGGUGCUGACCAGCAGAGCGCUCAUAACCGAUGGGUUUAACUCCCUCGUGGGAGGCGUGAUGGGCUUCUCUAUUCUUCUGAGUGCGGAGGUAUUCAAGCAUAAUUCAGCGGUCUGGUACCUGGAUGGCAGCACAGGUGUGCUCAUCGGCCUUAUCAUAUUUGCCUACGGGGUCAAACUCCUCAUCGACAUGGUGCCCAGGGUGAGGCAGACGCGCCACUACGAGAUGUUUGAGUGAAGGGCCCGAGCGCCAGUCUGCAUCUGCAUGAAGACAUCAGGACGACGAGAGGGUCCCACACGGCGGACGGUGCCAGUAUUUAGCUGAACAUCCACUUUCUUAUUUGGAGAGUUUGUGUUCACGGGAACAGGCGUGCCCAGCAG